AUCAUCCAUCAAUUUUAAAAUUUGCGGGUAGCUUUUCAAGCGCUUUUAGGCUGAGAAGAACUAGUUCCCAAAAUAGACACACCGUAUUUUUUACUUAGCUUUUGGCUAUCACACUUUGUUAUUGACCAUAUAUAUGUGGAGCAAAGCAAACAAUAAAUUGACCGGGAAUAUAAAAGGAGUAUGUUUCCACCUGCCGUUGAGUAAGCACUUAAAAUUAAAGGAAAAUUCAUCAUGGCCUGCAGCUCGUACAAAAACAAGACCGUGCAGCUGAUAAAAUGCUUUUGUGGGUGCAGCGACAUGACAAUCUCCGAGGUUCGACGGAUCUAUACCUUGUCGAACAGUGUUCACGAAACCCUUCUUGAUCCGGAGGCCACAAGACUUCUGCAGAAGUUCAUGGAAACGAGACGCUCCGGCGACAAAAAUGAAGCCGAGCAGUACCUGGAGAUCUACGAGAAGUGCGCCGAGUUUUUGGCAGAGCACCAGCGCACCUUCACUCAGGACGAGGUGGAUGAACUGGUGGAUAUGGGUCUGCCCUACGAUCUGGAGCAGGAUCUGUCCAGGCGAAUGCUCAGCGCCGAUCGGACGGACAUCAAUCGCGGUCUCUAUCGCAUCCAGGGCAAAUGUCGCAACGAGAUUGAGGCCAGCAGCGAUUUCCGAGACUUCAGAGACGCCAUCGCCGAUAAGAUGCGUCGGGUGCCGAAAUGAUAUACAUGCAGUCGGUGCAAUUUAAAGCUUUUUGUGUUCAGUGUACCUUUGUAGAACCGCACUCAACCUCGCUCCCUCAACCUUUCCCAGUGCCUUGGGGCAUUCACAAUCACCACUUUGAAUAGUCCUAGUCAUACAACGAAGAAAUGGAAACCGUCCUCCUAAACUCACUGGCUUCCGAUACGUGCUAGAGUCCAGGCUCAUCAUACAUUCACAUUCUAAUUAAACCCACAGAUGCGGAACAGAACAUUUUUACUUAACGUUAAAUAUAUACAUGUCUUGUAUUUUGUACGCUUUUUGAUGCUGUAGCGCACUAGAUAUAACCAAAAGUUUAACUGAUUCUAAAUGCGAACGAAAUAAAUUAUAUUAAACAUAAUAUAUAAACUAUAAAAAUCAAAA